AUGGCGCUCCCGGGUGGAGAAACUCCCCUGGGAGAAGCGAAGAGUGGAGAAACUCCCUCUAGCUCCUCUCAGUUCGUGACGCAUGGGCCUUCAGUUUAUUCCGAAGGUACGGUGGGAGGCAGUGGGAAUUUGGCCACAGUUGACGAGGCGCCUCCGGAGAUCAUGGAGUGGCUCGGAGAGGAGGGAUCGCUUGGAUCCUUCCGAGAGGCUGCUAAAAACCCUGAGAGUGCGCUGGCUUUCUCCAUCUCGAAAGGUCUGGCGGCAUGCCUUCGCCACAACCACAAGCCGCGAAUUCAUGUCAAUGGAGCGGGCUGGGCCAAACUGUCAGAGGUACUCCGCUGGCCUCGAAUUGCUGAAACCUCCGCUUCAGCAGGAGACAUUUUGGAGGUGGUCCGAAGCAAUCAAAAACAGCGAUAUCAACUGGGGCUACAGACUGAUGGUCCGUACUUCAUCCGGGCAGUACAAGGUCACUCCAGAACAGAGGUUGGCGAAGAGAAUUUGUUGGAACCUGUGUCGGAGGAGCAGCUCCCCGACACGCUGCUACAUGGUACCUCCUGGAACGCUUAUGAAAGCAUCCAGCAAAGGGGGACUAGUGUCAGCGAGGUGGAGAUGCUCCCCGAUUUCCUGCUGAGACGAGCCAUCACGCGACUGCGUUUCUUGAUGGCAGCCCCAAGUUACCAGAAACUCUGGGCAUCUGGGGUCUUUCAGGAGAUUCUGGAAAAGAACCGCCAGAAGGAAAUGGAGAAGAUACAGGCGUUGGAUGCGCAGCAACUUGCAGACUGGGAGAAGCCAGUGGAUGCUCUGGCGGAGGCCCCGGAUGUGUCGAAACUCGAGAAGGACCUGCUAGAUUUGCUGAUCGGAUUCAGCCGAGUCGUGCCAAGUUUCGUCGGCUUCCCCGCGCUCUCCAAUGCGUUCAAGACACCAGAGACGCAGGUGUUGGUCAUCGUCAAGGCAGUGAAGAACCUGCGGAUCGCCUUGAAGAAGCUGCAGCUGGACAGGCUGCCUGCAGAGGCUCAGCCCAAGGUGACAAGCCUCGUCGUCUACAUCUACUGCCUUGUUCAGGAAGCAUGGAACUCCUAUGGCAAGAAAGGCCUCCUGGACGGGAAAUGCAGCGCCCGCAGAUCUGAGAAUCGCAUGAAAGGCAUCCGCGGGGUGUUCGCCAUGGCAAAGGCACAGCUCCUUGGCUCCAGGCAGCUGGUGGCUCAAACUCGACAUCGCUUGGAAGUCGAGGAGCAGUUUGACGAAUAUGCGGAGGAAUUUGAAGACCACCUAGUCAACACCUUGGAGUACCACCUACCCGAGGUCAUCGCAUCAAAAAUGGCCAGCUUCGGGAGACGAUUUCCUUGCUGCAUGGACCUGGGUUGUGGUACUGGCCUUUGUGGCCGAGCUUUGAAGGCAUCCGUGCAGAUCGAGAAGUUGAUAGGCGUCGACCUGUCAGCUGGCAUGUUGGCCCAUGCCCGCGAAGCAGGCGGAUACGACGAGCUGCUACAAAGGGAUUUGAUUUCUGUGCUAGGGAGCCAGGAGGCUGCGAGUGUGGACCUCUUGGUGGCUGCUGACGUGCUCAUUUACGUUUUGCAGCUGGACAAAGUCUUCCUGCAAGCUCACAGGGUGCUGCGCAAGGAUGGCAUCUUCGUUUUCUCGACGGAGACAGCAUGCGAGGCUGAAUCUUCCGAGGGCACGGUUCAGAGAGUGUCCGGCCGAUACGCUCAUACUCGAUCCUUCAUCGCAGCGACUGCAUCGCAUCUCUUCGCGGUCCUUGAAGUAGAGACCAUUCCUCUUCGGAUUGAAGAUGACCUUCCUCUGCAGGGUGAUGUGUUCGUGCUGCAGCGGCUGCCGCCUGAAGUUGGCAGCUGUGGAGACGUGGACCAUUGCAUCAAGCUGUUCCAAGAGCUCUUGAUUUCUCUGGGCUUCCGCAGCAACGCACAAGGCCUCUUUCGGCAGUGGAAGGAGGUUCAAGCAUCACUUGGAAAGGAAGAGGGUGCUCCAGAAGAUGGCGAGAAGGGCAAGGACGGGAAGGACAAGAAAGGCAAGGAGAAAGACGACAAAAAGGAUAAGAAGAAGGAAAAGGAGAAAAAAGACAAAAAGGAUUCCAAGGACUCCAAGGAGGAUCCUUUCGAUUCCUUCGAAGUCAAGAAGGAGGUGGAGCUUUGCUGGUCCGGUGUCGGCAGCGAUGAGUAUGCAUUUCAGUUACUCCACUAUGUUCUGGGGUUGAUGUACAUGGGCCCGCAGAUGACACGUCUCGUUGGCACAGCCAAGGAUCCAAAGGAGCGUGUCAACUUCAAGCCGGACAAGUGGCAGAGGGACUUGCUAGACAUCGUGGACGAUGACGAGUCAGCCUUGGUUACUCGGGUGCAAUUGGUCGUUGCGCCCACAGCAAGCGGCAAGACCUUCAUUGGCUACUAUGUCAUGGAUAAGGCCGGAGGUGUCUUUGAGGCUGGCAAGUGGAAGCAGUGUCAGGUGCUCGUCACCAUUCCACACAUCCUCGAGAUGCUGCUUCUGUCAGCAGAGAACCAGGACUGGGUGGCUCGACUGCGGUACGUAGUCUUCGAUGAGGUGCACUGCAUCGGGGAGCAAGAAGGUGGAGAACAGUGGGAGCAUUGCAUGCAGUUGAUUCCAUGCCCCUUCAUCGCCCUCAGCGCAACGGUGUCCGAUCCGAGCUUCUUUCUCAAUUGGCUGAGCAGGGUAAAUGAGCUGAAGAAGACCUCCAAGGUAAGCAUUGUGGAGCAUCGUGAGCGAUGGAAUGAUCUUUACAAAUAUGUUUGGGUCGGAGGAAAGCUGAGGCCGCUGCACCCUUUCUGCUGCUUCGUGGAGAGCUCGCUGCGCCGAAACGGAAUGUCCUCCGACCUGAGCCUCGUACCAAGGGAGAUGGUGCAACUACACCAAGAGGUCCAAAGAAUCAUCGGCGUGAACGACAAAUGGGACAGGUUUGCUACGAAGAUCGAUGCGAGAGGGUAUGAGAGGGAGUUAAAGGAAACGUUCUUGCAGCUGCUUCACGAUGAUGUCGGCCUGGCAUGGCUUCUGCACAGUGUGAUGGCACUCGGGAACGAGGUUGACCUCACGAAGUUGGUGAAGGAAACGUCCUACCUGCAGGCGGCGACCCUUUUCAAGCUUUGCAAGGAUCUUGACGAGAAAGAUAUCAUGCCAGCGAUCAUCUUCAAUUUCUCCAGGAAAGAGCUCGAACGAAUGCUCAAUAAGCUCGUUCACGAGCUGGAGUACUGGGGUGAUGAGGAGGCGAAGAUCAGAACCAGAAAGAUCAAUGACAAGUCUGGGCCACCCAACACUCAAGUGGGACUGGUGGUGGACGAGGUGGAGUACCGACUUCCGAGGCUGUAUGCAUUCUUCGGCACGGCAGAGGCAGAGGUGGAUGCCUUCAGCCCGCUCGACAGUGUCCCGCAGACCUUGGGCACUGACGCCAAGGUGGGCCUUCACUUGAUGUUUUCGUUGGUGGCCAGCCCUACCCAACCUCGCAAGUGCCUUUGGGCAACUCCCGACAGCAAUUGUCCCGCAAUGGGAACCUUGGAGGCAGCAGAUCUCCUGGAGAGGCUCUUUGUCUCUUGGUGCUGCCUCUCCUGCAUUCGCAUCUCCUAA